AAAACAGAAAUCUAUCCUUAAACAAUAAAUAAUACAGAACACACUCAGACAUUGGACCCAAGACCAACCCUCACUGCUAUCCAAGCUAAAAAAUAUGACUGUCUCUUUAAGAAACAUGACACAGGAAGAAAGUGAAAGCAAAGUGAAACAACCAGGGUCUUGUUCAUUACUUCUCCUUCACAGAACAACACCAACAGACGGUCAAGAAUGAACUUUGAACUUCAGCUUUCAAGCUGACGUGGACCCUCUUGGUUGCAUAACAAAUAUGGAAAUGGCUUCCAGCAACAGUCUCUUAUCUGAGGAUCAGCUUCUUUGUCCCAUCUGUCUGGAUGUGUUCACUCGCCCCGUUUCCACACCGUGCGGACACAACUUCUGCAUGUCCUGUAUCACGUCCUACUGGGACGACAUACCAGUCAGCCAGUGUCCGGUCUGUAAGGAAGCUUUUGAGAGGAGGCCGGACCUCAAGGUCAACACUUUCAUCUCAGGGCUCACAUCCCAGUUCAAGUCGCUUCAAGUGACAGACGCUCACAUCCGGAGCCUGGACCAACAUCAGGCUGGCUGUGGUGGAGCGGUGCUGUGUGACAUCUGUACCGACACCCAGCGAGAGGCUGUCAGAUCCUGUCUGGAGUGUUUGACUUCUUACUGCGACAUCCAUCUAGAGCCUCAUGGCAGAGCUGGCGGCCUGAAGAGACACACACUGGUUGAGCCCUUGUCGAGCCUGGAGGACAGGAUCUGUAUGGAGCACACCAGACUCCUGACGUUGUUCUGUAGGGACGACAAGGUUUUGCUGUGUGACGUCUGCGCUGGUUUGAGCCACGUGAACCAUCAUGUUGUUUCCGUGCCGCACGAGCACAAAGAGAUGAAGGCUCUGCUGGGGGAGACUGAGGCCCAAGUGCAGCAGAUGAUCCAGGAAAGGCUACAGAAGGUCCGAGACAUGAAAGUGUCAGUAGAACAAAGCAAGACAGAAACCAAGGGUGUGAUAGCAGACAGCGUGGGAGACUUGACGGCGCUGGUCUCUGAGAUCCAGAAGAGCCAGACGGAGCUUGUGACGGUGAUCGAGGAGAAGCAAAAAGCGGCAGAAGAACAAGCAGAUGGGUUUAUUAGAGGAAUGGAGCGAGAGAUCACAGAGCUGCAGAAGACAACGAUGAAGCUGAGGGAGCUGAAACAGACUGAAGACCCGCUAUGUUUCCUCCAGAGCUCCCCAAACCCGGCCUUCCUACCACACACCAUGGACUUGUCCACAAUACAUUUUAACGGACAAGGGGAGGUACGCCACAUACAGAAGUCUCUGAGCAAAACAGUCUCUCAGCUGCGACUGUUGCUGAGUAAAAUGAGCACAGAAAUACAGAGAGUCUCUGACGGCACCGUCGGGUCAAGCGAUGCUUUGCUGAGAUGUAUGCAGCAGUAUGAAGUGGACGUUGUGCUCGAUCCUGACACAGCUCACCCUCUGCUCACCAUAUCUGACGACAGGAAACAGGUGAGCUACGGGACGGGUUCAGGGUUUUGUCUAAACCAGAACCAGAAUAUGUUUACAGUACAUCUCGCAGUUCUGGGACAGAGAGGCUUCUGGUCACGUCGGUUUUACUUCGAGGUGUUCGUGGGUGAAAAGGUUGAAUGGUGUCUGGGCGUGGCCACGGCAUCGGUAGAGAGGAGGGAGGCGCUUGCUCCGGGUCCUCGCUGUGGACUCUGGGUCAUCUGCUUCCUAAAGAAUAGGAUCAGCAGCUUCAGUUCUUCAAACGUGCCGGUACACUUUGGGAAAGUGGAGCGGGUCGGCGUGUUUGUGGAUUAUGACGGUGGACAGAUUUCUUUCUACGACGUACAGACUGAAACGCUGAUUUACUCGUUUACUGAUUGUGUCUUUACUGAAGAACUGUUUCCCUACUUCAAUCCUUGUGAUAAUGAAUACGGUCCAAACUUUGGGCCGAUGAUAAUUGUUCCUGUCGGUCGGGUGGAAUAAUUUGUGGGUUUUUACUUAAAUGCUACUGAUGUGUUAAAUUGCAAAAAAAGGGUGUUUUUGAUGAAGCAGCUUUUUAUAAUCAUUAAAUAUGUAAAGCAUGUGCCUUAGAUACAAAUUGUUAUUUUAUAUAGAAAAACAAACGCAUCAUUACCUUUAUUCAUUAUUAAGUUUAAAUACAAUAUUAAGCAGGAGGUAAAGGAAACAGCCCAAUCGUCACAGAUACCCAAUCCACCUACCUGAGUCAGUAUCAGCCUGAUCUCCAUUAUUGAUGCAUCCCUGAUUAAAACGUAGUAAAAACUCUGUGUUUUUGUUUUUCUAUAGAAGGGGUCAUGUCAGUUCUUGUGUUGAUUUUGAUUUUAUGGUUACACAAAGUGUAUGUCUUGUCAAUGUUAUUAAAACUAACUUUA